AUUUCGCAUCUUUCCAGGCCAAUAUUGACUCUCGAGAUGGCAUUGCAGCCGUUUAGGGAUGAACAAUUAAAUUUCUUUAAGUUUGCUUCCUUGGUGUUAAAUGAAUUCCCUAAAGCCUUACGGACUACAUUUAAAACCAUGUGGGACAACACCUAUGGACAUUACCCUGGUUUCCAACUCUGGGACGAUUCCACUGCUGUCAGAAAAAUGUUCGACUCUGAAGAAAAAAAAAGUGGCAAGAAGACUAAAGUUCCUGUUCUCCUGUCCUACAACGAAUGGGAUUGUACCAACCUGUUUCAGGCUACUAUAUUUGCGCGGUCCUUUGCCUCACCAGCUAGUACAGGCUCCUUCAUCACUCUCAGUGAUUUGUACGUGAAGCCCUGUUCAGUACCUUAUGGUAGUUUCCACGCAUGUGUGGUCAGUCCGGGUGGAAAUAAAUGGGAGACUUUUGCACUUGCGAUUAAUCAGCUUCGUCUUCUUAGAAAUUCGCUCUGUCACUCCACCAGUAGUGAAAUGGACAAAGCGACAUUUGACCAACGCGUGAAUUACUCGAAAGACGCGUUUCAAGCCCUUGGUGUCCCGACAGGCUCAAUUGACGUACUUGGUAGUUUGACGGAGUCCGACUUUCCUACAAAUGAAGUUCGUAAAUUGGAAAAGAGUAUAAAAGAAGAGACUCGGGAAUACAUCUUGUUCCUUGAGGAAAUGAGUUCAGAUGUCAUCGAGAUUAAGGCGUUGUUAAACGCUUUUGUUGAGAGUACUGCUAACAAAGAAGACAUCGCCAUGCUCGAGCAGAAGAUGGCCAGGCUGCUUAGUAUAGUGCAAGAUGAACCUGAUACUAAACUGCAGACUACAGGUAACGUCUUUUAUGUUAAAGGGGCUAGGGGUCAAGAGGAUAUUACAGUUUUAGGUCAAUUCUGCGCUGAAGUCGUUACUUAGAACCUUUACCUGCACACAAAAUGCUAUUCAUUACUUAAGAAGAAGAAAUCAAACAAAUUGUGGUCAGUUUGCAGGCGUAGCAUAAAACUUGAAAAGGUUGGCCCAACUUUUUCAAGUUUCAGUCCAUGUCCAUCCUUGCCAUCCGUUGCAAUAUAUAGACGACAGGAAACAGUUUCAAUCAGAUGCCUAAAUAUAAGCUAACAUAGUCUUGACUGGACCAUUAUUAAGUGUUAAAACAAAAAGGAAAAAUUCUACACUGCAUCGCACUCUUUGGUACAUGUUUUUCUAUUUUUAUUGAGGACGUAAAUACACGGCAACCAGUUUUCCCUUCUCUUUCUAAACUUGCUACCAAGAAAUUAAACUCCAGUUCCCUAAGCUUAACAUUUUAAGCGAUUUGCUUUUGGAAUAAAAGUGACUAGCUGGGAAAAGGAUCGGAAAAUUUAUUUGCUUAUGUUUUACUUUAGUCUUCAAAGGUAGGAAACCAUAUGUUAUUAUUUUAACAGGUGUGAGACCAUCGCUAUCAAUACCUUCCCUUCCUGGAAUGGUUCCUAAUUUUACUGGACGUCAAAGCGAUUGUGAGGAGAUUAUGGGUCACGUGAAGUCUGAAUCUACCCGACUGGUUUCGAUCUGGGGUUCACCUGGAUUUGGAAAAACAUCGGUUGCAAUUGCAGUGGGACAUUAUCUCCGAUCUCAAGGACUACCGGUCUGUUGGGUGUCGCUACGUGGACUGAAGUCAAAAGCAGAUCUGACUUCAAAGCUUCUAAGCUUUGUCACGCCAUCUUUCUUGAAUGAUCAGCCGUCCUUUUCGCAGUUAUCUCUUGAUGACCAGCUUUGUCUACUUUUAAGCGUAAUUUCCGAUCAAUCUGUUUUUAUUCUGGAUAAUGCUGAUGAUUUAUUAGAAGAUGGUGAGCCAGGAGUGAAGAAAGAGGUCAUAGGACUUUUGAAAGAAAUUCUCAGGCGAAGUAAGGCGAUCACAUUUUUUGUAACAACGAGAGAGUCUCUAGAUUUUCUGAAUGUAGAUUUGCACGGUCACCAGAGUGUAAGGAUAAGACCACUGGAUGAAGUCUCUGCUACGAGAUUGGUAAAAGCCGUUCUUCCAGCUGCAAAGUCUUCAGACUGUAAUCGAAUCCUGCAAAUCUGCGGACUUGUACCCUUUGCAAUAAAAUUAAUGUGUUCCUCAAUUUCUGAAGAUAACGCUCAACCGAGCCAAUAUCUCGAUCAAUUCAUGAAGUCCGCCUCUACAACAAGUAUCGCUGAGAUGUUAGAUCGACCAGAUUACCCAGACGAGUACAGACUGCAAUCCUUUUUUGAGUUAUCUUUCAAGAGGCUAAAUGCACAAGAAAAAGAAGCGUUAGUGUCGUUGAGUAUUCUUCCUGAGAAUUUCGGUAGUGAGGUCGCUGCAGCCGUUUUAGAUGUAAACAAUCUCCAGUCAAAAAAGCUACUGCAGACACUUCAAAGAAAGUCGCUUCUUGAUUCAGGAGUGAAAAAGGAGUUAUUCACGAUGCAUAAGCUACUCCAAUCAUUUGCUAGAGAAAAAGGGGAAAAUGAAAUGAUGAACGACACGAUUCGUAAAUCAAAGUACCGCUUAAACACGUUUUACGUUUCCCUUUUUGAAAAGCUGAAUGUGGAAUAUCUCACUGGUCAUUCAAUGACAUCGUUUCUUACGUUUUAUGAAGAUGAGCUAAUUAUUAUUCAAAGCCUACUUGAGGCUCUAUCGGAUCCCAGAACAGCUAGCACUGUUAUUGAUGUGUUAGUACAUGGAGAGCUGUUUCUUGCUAGCCUUUAUUUCUCAGACGCAUCAAGCUUUAAUUUUAUUUACGAUUCAGCACUUAAGGCUGCAAAGAAACUAGAGGCAAAUGAGUCUUACCAGCAAUUGCUUGUUUCCAAGGCAUUCGGAGAGGCAUGUUGGGGCGCAGGUGGAAGUACAGUACAGCUGCUUUCUGAGGCUUCACUUUCUUCAGAUUCCAUGGCAGACUUACAAGGAAAACGUCUCUGUUAUUUAGCCUUGAACCACCUUGCUAGAGGAAAAACUGAAGAUGGAGUUCAGCAUUUGCGAAAAGCUCUUCAGUUGAUGCAUGGAAGCCUAGAUGAGACUAUUCUUAAGCUUGCUGCUUUACAAAUUCUUGCAAUUUUUUUCAAAUUUCAAGACAAUCUGUCGGAUUUAAAGCAAUCACUUUGCGAUGCACAAAUGGAGUGCAAGUACGCGAAAGACACGGAAUUACUUGUGAUACCCUCAACCAAUUUUAUAGGAAGUGACACCAGCAAUGCAGAAGAAAAUCAACGAGACUCUGACAAUCAUUCUGACCACCCUUUAAAACUGCAAAUACUUUUCAUUGUUAGCGUGGCAACAGAGAAUUUCAUAGAUAUUGACACCAAUAAACAUUUAAGAAGUACUUUGCAUCAAAUGCUGAAGGAGAUCGAAGGGGACAAGCGAGUUUCUACUGGUCUCUUUAGUGUUUAUAGCAAUGUUGUUUCCGUUUUAGAAUUAAACGAAGACACCACAGUACAAAAUGAGGAGAGAAUCAGUUUUCAUCAAAAAGCUCUCGAAAGGUGUUGUGAAAAAUCGGCCUCUUAUCGUGUACACAAAGAGGCGCUUGCAAAGUGCUACGAGAAUCUUGGAAGGGUUCUCUACCGGAAAAAAUUUUAUUCCGAGGCUCUGAACUCACAACAACGAGCACUUGAUAUAUCAAUGGAGCUAUUGCGAGAUCGAGAGCAUCACACAAACACUGCUGAUAGGUCUCUUAAGUUAGGCGUCACCCAUCAUUCCAGUGGUGACUGUAAAUCAACAUUAAAAUCUAAAAAGCGCACACUCGACAUCCGCAUUGAACGGUUUGGAAAAGAACACGCAAGGACAGCUAACAGUUAUGGUAGCCUUGGCGUGACCCAACAUUCCCUUGGGGAAUAUACAUCAGCAUUAGAUUCUAAGCAGCAUGCACUUGACAUCCGCCUGAAACUGUUUGGAGAAGAACACGCAUACACUGCUGAUAGUUAUUAUAGCCUUGGCACCACUCAACAUUCACUUGGAGACUUCAACGCAGCACUAGAUUCUUUUCAGCAUACACUUGACAUCUACCGUAAACUGUUUGGAGAAGAACACGCAUACACUGCUGAUAGUUAUCAUAGCCUUGGCACCACUCAACAUACACUUGGAGACUUCAACGCAGCUGUAGAUUCUUUUCAGCAUGCACUUGACAUCUACCGUAAACUGUUUGGAGAAGAACACGCAUGCACUGCUAAUAAUUAUGAAAACCUUUCCGCCAUUCAAGUUUCACUUGGAGAUUUCAACGCAGCCCUAGAUUCUCAACAGCGUGCACUUGACGUCUUCCUUAAACUGUUUGGAGAAGAACACGCAAGCACUGUUAAUGGCUGGGAUACUCUUGGGUCCAUUCAUCUUUCACUUGGUGAUUAUAAAUCAGCAUUAAAUUCUAUACAGCGCUCACUUGACAUCAAACUGAAAUUAUUUGGAGAAGAACACGAAAACACUGCUGACAGUUAUUAUUGUCUUGGCGUCACUCAGUUUUCCCUCGGUGACUAUAAAUCAGCAUUUGUUUCUCAUCAGCACGCACUUCACAUUCGACAUAAACUGCAUGGAGAAAUACACGCAAGCACAGCUGAGAGUUAUUGUCGUCUUGGCGGCACUCAACAUUCACUUGGUGAUUAUAAGUCCUCUUUAAAUUCUAUACAGCGCUCACUUAACAUUAGACUUAAAUUGUUUGGAGAGGAACACGCAAGCACUGCUGACAGUUAUUAUUGUCUUGGCGUCACUCAACAUUCCCUUGGUAACUAUAAAUUAGCAUUAGAUUCUCAGCAACGCGCACUUGACAUCUGCCUUGCACUGUUUGGAGAAAAACACGUAGAAACUGCUGAAAGUUACCACAACCUUGGAGUCACUCAACAUUCUUUUGGCGACUAUAAAUCAGCACUAGAUUCUAAACAGCAUGCACUUGACAUCCGCCUUAAAAGUCUGUUUGGAGAAGAACACCCAUGCACUGCUGAUAGUUAUGAUAGCCUCGCCGUCACCCAACAUUCUCUUGGUGACUAUAAAUCAGCACUAGAAUCUAAUCAACGCGCACUUAACACGCGCCUUAAACUGUUUGGAGAAGAACAUGCAAGCACUGCUGUUAGUUAUUAUGGAAUCGGAGUCACUCAACUUUCCAUUGGCGACUUAAAAUCAGCGUUAUAUUCCCAUCAACGCGCACUUGACAUCCGCCUUAAACUGCUUGGAGAAGAACACGAAAGCACUGGCGAUAGUUAUCAACGACUUUAAAUCAGCAUUAGAUUCUAAUCAACGCGCUCUUAACAUCCGCCUCAAACUGUUCGGAGAAGAACAUGCAAGCUCAGCUCUCAGUUAUUAUAGCAUUGGCGUCACUCAACAUUCUCUUGGCGACUAUAAAUCAGCGUUAGCUUCUCAGCAGCGUGCACUUAACAUCCGCCUUAAACUAUUUGGAGAAGAAAAUGCAAGCACUGCUGACAGUUAUUAUGGUCUUGGCGUCAUUCAAGAUUCUUUGGGCGAUAUUAAAUCGGCCAUAGAAUCUUAUCUGCGUUCACGUCACAUUAGGUUUAAACUUGGAGAAGAAAACACACAGCCCCAGAAAAAGUUUUAAACAACUCGAGCUUAGAAAUUUUGUCACGUAACAGCUUCUCAAGCGGAAAUGUUGGGAAGAAAAAGUGAGGUAGAUAUAUCCAACUGAGAACAAUUUUUGAAAGUACCGCGGCAAUUCCCCCAACCCUAGCCUCGUUACCCGCGUUGAAAGGCUAUCGUGGGUGGCUUCUUGUUAUAACUGAGUUUGUCAAAACUAUGAACCAGUACUUUUCCUUCAAUAUAUUUUCAUUUGUGUAAGGAUAUAUAUCUUGUGGCUCGAAAGAAGCACAGGCGAAAAUUUUGGCCAAUAGGGAUUGGAGAACAAAACAAAACCGGGGUGUGCUUUCCAAUUUUCUAUUUUCCAUAUGUAGCGGGCCUUCUUCGCUUGAUGGGCCCUUAUCUAGGCCAAAAGCGAGGAACACAACUUUUAAGCAAGAGUGCACCCACUGGGUUGGGUAGUUUAGGGAGAUUGAUAAAUUACCAGGUGUCGCCACUUUUGGCAUUCAAUUUAUUUUAGUAGGUAUCGAUUUAAAGCGUCAAUUUUGGAAGGUCGCUCUUAUUCGUAUACAACAUGUUUUCAGUAAAGUAGUCUUGAUUUCCUUUCCUUAGGAAAAUUCAAGCUUAGGUUUACGUCACUGAAGUCACAAACAAUAAACGGUAUUUAUUUUUUAACAACUUUCCGUAUUGCCUCGUUUUUUGGUUUGUUUUCUCUAGUGCUCCUUUAUGAGACAUUUAUCAGAUUAUUGUAUUAUCUUAAACAAGCAACGUAUGAGCAAUUCUGUAAUGUUUAAAACACGAACAGCAGCGAUUUAUCACUGGUUAAAAAUUCGAGCGAGAAGCGCGAAAAUUUUUAGGCUGUGAUAAAUCACGUGCAGUAAGUGCUGUGAACAGCUCCAAAACGUCCCCGGAGUGAAUUUCUAAAUAAUGCAUGUUUCUUUUAAAUACGUGUUGAUUGCAAAAAGUUAAACAAAAGAAGCAAAAAUAGCAAAUGUUGGGCAGAAAUGUUUAUGCAGGAGGCUCGCACCUCCUUUUUAAAGGGCUCACCCCUUCGUGUUUGAUGCUUCAUAACUUUGGCUGUAGUGGAUGCACGGAAAAGUCACGAAGUGAAACAAUGGAGUGUGACACUGAACUCAAUUUUAGAGUAUGUUUCGUUGACAUCGCCGCUUCCAUAGCAACCGCCCAGCCUUAAUUUGCAUCAUUUACCGUCAAUGUAAAUUCAUAAAGAAUUUAUCGGCGGCGUCUGAUUUUAACACAUAAGUUCGGUUGUUUAACACAAUUGCCAAUUGGAACUCGGCCCUGUGUUCUCAUUUUGCGGGUUGAACGUGCAGUUUUCACUUGGAUCUUGAAGAGAAGGUGAAGUUUAAUUUUAUCAAUUUUAUGAUUUAGGUCAAACAUUCUAAGGCUUCAUUUAAUGCCCAUUCAAACAGAAAUUCAGUGAGUGUUUCAGUGAUCGAACCCUCCCCCUCUUCUCAAAAAGAAGAAAGCGUGAUCGCAGGUUAAUUUUAACGGUGCUGCAAAGAGUACCAGGUUCAAAGAGAGACCAAUCUUUAAGCUAAAAAGCGAAUAAUUAAUAGUACGUAUCUGUGAAGAAAGACGCAAUCAGUUUUGACAAUUUGACAAAAAGAUUACAACAAGAAAGAAAGACCAUCGUGUCAGUAAUCUCUAUUUAAGUCCACAUUCACAUAUCGGAUUUAUUAAAUAAAACUCAAACCCGUUCACCAUUUACUCAGGCACACAGUUUUAUCUUUUCCAUGAGUACUUACAGUUAGGGAAGUGCUGAUAGUUACGAUAGCCUCACCGUCACUCAACAUUCUCUUGGUGACUAUAAAUCAGCACUAGAUUCUAAUCAACGCGCACUUAACACGCACAUUAAACUGUUUGGAGAAGAACAUGCAAGCACUGCUGUUAGCUAUUAUGGAAUCGGAGUCACUCAACUUUCCAUUGGCGACUUAAAAUCAGCGUUAUAUUCCCAUCAACGCGCACUUGACAUCCGCCUUAAACUGCUUGGAGAAGAACACGAAAGCACUGGCGAUAGUUAUCAACGACUUUAAAUCAGCAUUAGAUUCUAAUCAACGCGCUCUUAACAUCCGCCUCAAACUGUUCGGAGAAGAACAUGCAAGCUCAGCUCUCAGUUAUUAUAGCAUUGGCGUCACUCAACAUUCUCUUGGCGACUGUAAAUCAGCGUUAGCUUCUCAGCAGCGUGCACUUAACAUCCGCCUUAAACUAUUUGGAGAAGAACAUGCAAGCACUGCUGACAGUUAUUAUGGUCUUGGCGUCAUUCAAGAUUCUUUGGGCGAUAUAUUUAAUCGGCCCUAG